AUGGGCUACGACCACGACGACGAGGGCGGCAUGGACGUCCUCUACCUCGUCACCAUCACCUUCGCCCUCGGGAUAUACCUCGUCGUCUGGCGUUUCCAGACCAUCCACAACCGCGCCGUCCCCUUCUUCGUUCGCUCCCCCGACCAAAUAGGCCCGAACUUUCAAGGCCUCAGCGUCGUGCGCCCCGACCUCGAGGCUCACCUGCGCCAUGAGGAACUCAUGCCCCCCUACGCUGUCCCAGGCCGACGUUACAUCACUAGCUUCGACCCUUCCACUGGGUACCACAUCGGCACCUUCGUCGCGGACAGCAGUGUCGAGAUCGGGGAGAAGAUCCGGCGCGCGGCGGAGGCGCAGCGGACGUGGCGAAAUACCGCGUUCAGGGACCGCCGGCGCGUCGUGCGCAGUCUCAAGAAGUGGCUCGUGGACAACCAAGAGGUCUGUGCACGUGUCGCGUGCCGGGAUACGGGCAAGACACUGCUCGAUGCUGCACUUGGCGAGAUUAUGACUACGUGCGCUAAAAUGGAGUGGCUUAUUAACCAUGGAGAGAAGGUCUUAAGGCCAGAAACGCGCAGGAGCAGUCUCAUGAUGUCGUACAAGACAUCCCAAGUACACUGGGAGCCGCUGGGUGUCGUCGCUGCGCUCGUAUCAUGGAACUACCCACUUCAUAACGCGUGGUCACCCAUCCUCGCUGCUCUUUUCUCCGGCAACGCCAUCGUGCUCAAAUGCUCCGAACAUGUCAUCUGGUCUUCCGAGUUUUUCGUGCUUGUCAUCAAGGAAUGUCUCCGCGCGUGUGGACACAACUCAGACCUUGUACAGCUCGUUUGCUGUUAUCCAGAGGAUGCCGAGGCUGUGACCAAGUCUCCUGAGAUCAAACACAUUACCUUCAUUGGUUCUGAGGAAGUCGGUCGGAAGGUCGUGGCUGCAGCGGCAGAAAAUCUAACCCCGGUAACGCUCGAGCUCGGCGGGAAAGACCCAACCAUCAUCCUACCCAACACUGACCUGAGCAGAUACGGGAGCAUCUGGAUGCGCGGAGUAUUCCAAAACGCGGGCCAGAACUGCAUCGGAAUUGAGCGUAUUCUGGUGCACUCCUCACAGUACGAAGAGGUCUACGCGAUGUUCCUCGAACGUACGAAGGAGCUGCGCCAAGGCUCGGCACUCUCGAACCCCAACGAUGGGUUUGUUCCCGCCGUUGACGUCGGCUCGAUGAUUAAUGCGGACCGGCUUGUAGACCUCGAGCGCGUCGUGGCCGCAGCGCGGGACGGUGGUGCGCGCGUCGAGGUUGGCGGGACGGCGUUCGACCACCCGUAUAUGAAAGACGGCUCCUACUUCAGCCCUACCGUUGUCGGUGACGUCGAUCCGCAGUCGGAGAUUGCACAGCGCGAAAUGUUCGCGCCCAUCGGGUUGAUCAUGAAGUACGAGACGGUCGACGAGGCAGUCGAACUCGCAAACGGAACGCGGUACGGACUCGGCGCGGCUGUAUUUGGUCCGAACAGGGAGGAGUGUAUCAAAGCCGCAAAACGGCUGCGGUGCGGGAUGGUGUCCAUCAACGACUUUGCCGUGUUUUAUAUGAACCAGGAUUUACCGUUCGGGGGCAUUGGGCAUAGCGGAUACGGGAGAUUCGCUGGACCGGAAGGUCUACGUUCGCUGUGUAACGCGAAGGCGAUCGUCUGGGACAGGUUCGGGUGGCUGGUGCAGACAUCCAUCCCGAAGCCGCUAGACUACCCCGUGCGGUCGAACGUGCAGAGCUGGGAGUUCGUCAGUGGGCUGAUCGGGUUCCUGUAUGCCGAAGGAUGGCGGACGCGCAUACGAUCGCUGGUGCAGUUGUUCAAGGUGUCGGGAUGA